ACAGGGAGACAGUGAACGAGUUCCACAUUCAGGGCUCUCAAGUAACAUUACUCUCCACAGUAUCAGUGUGUCAGCUCCACACGAUGGCUAAUGUUCUCUGACAACAGCCUCUCAUGAAGGACAAGUACACCUCAGCAUGCAGAAAAAGCGGGUGCUCCACGCACGGUCCUCAGGUUUCGCCAUCCAUCAAGCCUUUUCAAACAUCGACCACCACCUCCGCUGCUGCCCCUUCCUUCUGUCCUCCACAACCUGCAAACCAUCCCAGCCCCUGUCCAACUGAAUACACCUCAGCUCUAAAUCAUCUUAUCCCUCUGUAGUUCAUUCCCUGACAACAAAAAUCGCAAACAUCAGGACAUCCAGCCGGCCUCCUGUGGCAGGAUGAUAAACAACACUCCACAGACAACAGACAAUCACAGAAAAGAUAAUGAUGUUCAAACUGAAACCUGCUCAGGUCAUUCAAACCCCAUCAAGACUUUCAGGACUCAAAAUGAGCUUCACAAGGAACUGCUACUUGCCCACAAAAGGGGUCUGGCACUGAGCCGGAGACCAGAACUUCAACAGGUGCUGGAGAGGAGGAAGAGGGCGCAGAGUGAACAGGAAGAGGAGGGACAGAGCAGGACUCCUCUGGAGGAUGUGCUGCUAAGACGUCAGCAGAAGCAACUUGAGAGGGACAAGGAGCACGAGGAAAAGGUACAAGAAGAAACCCAGUUGAUGGAGUUUGUUAGAGUCCGACAGAACCUCAGAAAGAUCCACUCAGCGAUCCAAAACAAAAACAAUUUCUGAAAUGCUCCAGAAGAACCCCC